UUAUAUUAAUAUCGUAAUAGCCUAGUAGUCUACAUAUCAUAAUGUUGACAAGAUCUCUCACUGAUGCAUUUAUACUCAUGCGCAAUAAUGCGCUACAAAAUCGUCAUAUGUUUUGGCAACGACAAGAUGUUGAGUACGAUGCAGAUGAAAAUGACGAAGUCUCUUUAAUAUCCAAUCGAAAAGGACAAAAUUCGAUGCAGUUGAAAAGUCUUCCACCAAGAUGGUUAUCGACAGUCGAGGAAAUCAAAGAAGGAAUCAGCCAAAUCAAAUUGAAAAUGGAAGAAUUAUCAGCUCACCAUCACAAACAUCUUAAUCGUCCAACGUUAGAUGAUGAUGUUGAAGAAGAACAAACUAUUGAAAUCUUGACUCAAGAAAUAACACAUUUAUUUUACAGCUGCAAUCAGAGCGUUAAAAUUCUGUCUAACCUUUCAAAAAAAGCUUCUAAGCAUGAGAAAUUGAUGUCAAAAAAUGUUGUUUCGGCUAUGGCUUCUUCAUUACAAAAUGUAUCAAAUGAUUUUCGACACAGUCAAUCUUCUUAUUUAAAAAAGUUAAAAGCAAGAGAAGAUAGGUCGAGACAUUUUUUUGACUCUGAUAAUGCGAUUAUGGUCGAACACAGUGAAAUGGAUAUCGAUGAUGAAACAUUUGAACGAGGGUUUUCUACAACGCAAUCUGCUCUUGUUGAAACGAAUAGUCGUAUCAUUGAAGAACGUGAAGAAGAAAUUCAAAAGGUCGUUCAAAGUAUCUCAGAUUUGGCGGAAAUAUUUAGAGAUUUGAGUAACAUUGUAGUGGAGCAAGGAACUGUUCUUGACAGAAUUGAUUAUAAUGUUGAAAACUCUGUUAUGAAAACGGACGAAGGAGUAAAACAAUUACAAAAAGCCGAAAAAUACCAAAAGAAAAACAAGAAACUUUAUGUCAUUUUCGUACUAUCAAUUAUAACGGCAAUAAUGCUAAUUAUUUUAAUUAUAAAAAAGGGUUGAUUUUUUAUUCUCGUCUAUUUUUAACUAUGUGAUGUAUUCUACUAUUCAGUAACUAGUUGUGUGAUGUAAGCAAAUGUGCAAUGACUCUAAUGGAUGUAUAUGUGUGUGUGUGUCAUGUGUGACUUAUUCUAACUCUGCACUUGAUGUAUCAAAGGUAGUACUUAUCAUACCAUAUUAAAUGCUGGUAUUAUUCAUCCAUGGUGUUGGUCAUUUAUUAGGUGUCAUUUAUCACUCUAUUUCAUCAAAUUCUAUUUGCCCACUGAUCCAAAAAGCUGAAUACUAUUGUAAUUAUUAAAAGAUGUUACUUGGCUUCACCUCACCGUGGUUGAAAUAUAUCGUGUAGCAGGCAUUGCCGAACUGUAAAUCAGUUUCUUCUUAUGUGGAACCUUGUUUGGAGUGGAAUUUUUAAAAUUCACAUAAAAAUGUGAUGUCCUAUUUAUUUUUUCAAAUAACCCUACAGAUUCAGAUUGUAGCAUGUCUCCAUAUUGUUUGUAUUUGCACAUUCUAAUUUGGUCUGUAUUACUACCGGCUGAUAGCAUGUCAGCUGCUGUGUUUUUAAAACAUAGUAAAAAGUGAAUUUCAGGGCCAGGAAAUUGUUCAAAUCGUGCAUUGCUCUGAACCUAAAUAAUAAUGAACAAGUGGUAACAUAAUAUCAGGAAUAAACAUGAAACUGCCACCAUGGGUUAUGUACUGAUGUUAUGAUUUUCUGUACGGAAAUAGAGCUGUUUAUAAUGAUUAUACGGACUUUCUAUGGUUUUAUAUUCACUUAGGCGGAGCCACUUAGAGACAAUGGUCUAUCGCGUUUGUAUGUACUAAAAUCAUUCCAGUUUGGCAUAUCAUAUACAUUCUAGUCGGUGGAUUUGGAUCAGGGAGCAGAAACCUAAAAUGGCAAGAAAUCUUAUUUACCAUGAUAAUACGCGAAAUUUCAUCAACCGAUCAAACGUCUGGCUAAAUAACACUGUAUAACCUAACUAUAGUUUAUUAUUUUAUAUUAACAUUGUUAAUGCACUGCUAGUUUUUUUAUGUGCCAGGAAUUCCAAUAAAAUUUUCAACUUAGUUCUAAAUAUUAUUGUACAUUUAUUUUUCAAAUAACUACUGUAUAUUUCUUGCUAAUUCUACUCACUUUAUCGGUUGUGUUAUAUUAGUUUAGAAUUGUAGAAUCGUGAUGUCUUGUGGUCUAUUUAGCUUGAUGAUUCCACCUUAACCUAACCCUAGAAUAGGGAAUGCGAAAACAGCAGAAUUUGUACUUUUACUUCAGGUUGAGAAAAUUCUGGUCAUUCAUGCUUCAAUGAUUCCCACUGGGGGCAGAGUCAGAAUUGCACUGAAGUUUUGCUUUAUUUGUAUCAUUAGUAUAAUGCUUAUUAGUUCACUCAUUUUUGGUGGGCAAAAGGAGCUUUAGUUUAAAAAUAUUUUUGCUUCAAGGUUACUAAUUUAUUGUUUAACUCUGACCUGCUAGUCAAUAGGUAUAAUUUACAUUGCUUUAGUUCUACUUCAUGUUUGAGUCAUGUCUUAUUUUUAUACUUGAAAAAUUAAAUUUUUAAUGGUUCCUAAGUAAUUCAAGAGCUUUGCUGGUUGCUGCACACUAACAUACAGUAAAUAUAUUUUUUGUACUGUUUUGUCGGACCGAGGUCAGACAUAAUUCAACUACAACAAAAUGGGAAAUUGCAUACUCGUCCAAACAAUGAGUGUUAUGCCAUGUGUUAUAUAUUUGAAGCCAUUGAAUAUGAGUAUUGGUAAAUACCAAAAGAAAUGAAUAGAACAUGAAAAUUACAAGGUGGAAUAGUAGCUUGGAUUCUGAAAACUGACUGAGAUCCCAAGCCUCAUUUGUAUGCAUAAAAAAACGUAUAAGAUCUGUCGAAAAAUGAGUCUUGAUAUUUGUCUUUUUUUCUUUUUGCCAACUUAAAAAAUUGGGUAUGAGGAUAUUUUCCAUCGUGUAAUUCUUAUUUUCUGUCCUUCGUUUUUCCAUAUUUUGGGCACAAAGUUAUUUUAUAUGUGUAUUUUCAUCAUUUAGA